AUGGGACGCGCUAUCGUCAAUGUCGAUGCGACUCAAGAACGCGCGAGACAGUUUGUGGCCAACACUUCCGAGGCGACUAUGGAGAUGAGAAGGGAACUUGGUUGGAAUGUUCGAGAAUUCGACAUUUCUCUUCUUCGCAAGAUACGGCGCUCUUCGGCGCUCUCGCUCGUGCUUGGGGCUGGCGCGUCGAUGGCGGCCCCUUGCAAUGCUCCAAGCUGGCCAGCACUAGUGGAGGGUCUGCUGCGCCAGACAAUUGACAGAGUCAUGGAGCUUUGGCUUCCCAAGCCUCAGGACUUGGAGAAGCUGCCUCCUGAGGCUCCACGAGGGCUUGUCAAUGAGAGGUUCAUCUCCAGGGACCCAGUAGAGAGUGCAGGCUCCAACUGGACACCUACCUUUGCCUACAGUCAUACCGGUGAGAAUGGUGUUCAGCGGAAGUUUACGAUUGGCUAUUACAGAGAAUCAGCAAAAAGAUACCAUGCUGACGAAGAGAUGACCGCAGUCGAAGUUCUGCAGCGUAUUAAAGAGGCCCAGAGGAAUGAUCAAUCAGUUAAUGCUGAUAUUUUGAUGCGCGGCGCUGAUGUUUGUCAUGAUCUUUGCGGACAACGACUGUUUACCCUUAUGACAGCUAUGCUCUACAAGGGAGAUAGGAUGCCGAGCGAGACGCAUCGCGCGAUCGCAAGAUUAGCACGGAGUCAGUUUGUUGCCGAAAGGGAGGACCACUUUAUGGGCUGGGACGGCAUCAUCACAUAUAACUACGAUGAUUUCAUGGAGCAAGCACUUUCAGAUCUACAGAUUCCCAGCACGGCAAUUGCGAUGCGUGGAGACGAAAUAGCAGGUGAUCCGAACUCCUUCGCGAGAUCAGUCGGGCCAGGUGGGCUAUACCUCCCAGUGUACCAUCCGCAUGGGUAUACACCGAAAAGACCAUUCCUUAUAACAACAGUACCAUACGUCUUCGCCACAAGUGGCUAUCAGUCGCAAUAUGGGCAGUCCGUCUCAAAGGUCCUAGAACGCUUCAAGUCUGACUACCUGGAGAACCCUGUUCACGUGGCCAUGUAUGUUGGGUGUUCAUUCUCAGACAACUACAUGAAUCAGUUGCUUCAAGAUGCCUUUGAAAAGUGGCCUGGCAGAUAUCAUUAUGCGCUGUUGCCGUGGCCAGGUGGUUUGGCCGACGAUCAGGAACCCUCUGGUCAAGAGAUUGAGCAGCGGUCUGGACAAUACCUCGCUAUGGGGAUCCGCCCCAUCUGGUUAAGGAAUUUUGGAGAGAUACCGCACAUUAUCUCGCAGCUUGAGUAG